AUGGCUUCUGGCAUCAACAAGAAGAUCCAUCAGCCUGCGACUUGCAAUGGGUCUUCCAAAACGAGCCAUCCCUGCAGCUCGUCGGACGACUGCGACCAGGAAAUGCAUAUGAAAAUGUGUAAGAAGAUCGCCCAGCUGACCAAGGUGAUAUACGCUUUGAACACUAAAAAUGAUGAGUAUGAGGCCAGUAUGCAAGCUCUCAAAGAGGCCCAUCAAGAAGAGAUUCAGCAUAUUCUUGCUGAGACACAGGAAACAGUCCUCCAGUAUCAGAACAAAGUAGAGGAAGCACAGGAGCUCCAGAACUACAUCCAGUUCCUUGAAGAAGCUUUGAAAAAACACAGGCAGAGAAAAGAGGAGGUGUCGUCAGAAGUGACCCCAUGCAAGAAACAGAUAGACGAGGAGGAACUUCAGAUAGAGGCCGAGCAAGCAGAUGACAAGCUUUUCCAGGAAAUGGCAUGCACAAAGCUAAGAGUUCAGGCUUCAAACAAGAUGUCAGAUGGCCUUGUAAACAAGCACGUGUUAUUUUCAGGAGACACACUGAAUAACAAAGGGAAGUUAACUGAAAUGUACAGCCUGGACAUUCAGGCUGUAAUUAGUGAGACUAUGAACCUCAAAUGGGAGAACCAGAAACUGGCAGAAGAAUUUGCCAAGAAAGCAAGCCAACUUGAAACCUCUCAUGAAAGAGAAAAAGAAAACUGGAGAAAGGCCAUGCAGCAAUCCGCCACUGAUUUGUGCAGGGAAUGGCAGCAAAGGGAAAUGGAGCAAAGGAAAAACUAUGAAGCCCAAGAAGCUGCAUCACGGGAGCAGAUAGGAAAACUGGAGGCUGACCUGGAGGCAAAAGGCCAGCAAAUAAAUGAACUGAAAAAGUAUUCUCAGAAGCUAAAGGACAAGUUGCAGGACCUGGAAACACAGCUCAAGGAAGCACAGCAGAUGGCUACGGAGUCUAAAAGUGUUAGGAAAACACUGGAAGAGGAAUGUAGAGUUACCAAAGAGAGACUUCUGUUGCGAGAAAAUGAAAUACUGCACAAAACAGAAGCAAUGGAGACUGUGCUGAAUCCCCACAGCAAAGCCAGGAGUGAAGUGGGUGCCCCGAAGACGCAGUUCGUGCCCCUGCCGCAGACACAGUCUACGCAGCAGAGCCAAGGCAACCGAGGCGGUGGAGGUUCUCAGCCCAGAGAAAGAGCAAGUCUGGAAGAAAAAUCUAUUAAGCAGCAGCACAAAGAAGGGAUGCACAAAAUCAAACAUGAAUCGGCUGAGGAGAACAUUCAUUUAAAAGAGCAGCUGGUAAAAGGGCUGGAAGACCUUGUAAAGAAGCACACUCUUGAAAUCAAAUCAGUCCAAGCCUCCAUGGAUGCUGAGAGAAAAAAACUGCAGAAGGAGGUUCAGAUACAGUUAGAAGAAUUAAAAAGGAAAUAUGAAAAUGAGAUAAGACAUCUACAGAAGGAGAAAGAAGCAAUCAGUGAAAAACUUCAAGAUUGUUCUCUAGAGGUCUUAAAGCUAGAGACAUUCAUCAGACAAAUCCAUGACAUCCCCAAAUAUGCAGAAUUUCUUAAAUCUAGAAAAACCUAUGAGAAGCAACAAGAGGCCCAAGAUGCAUUCAUACAGGAGAGGGACAUUUUCAAGCAGCAUAAAGAGGGAGCAAAAGGCAAAGAGCUGCUAACAACUGCACCUGGUACCAGAAAUGAAGAGAAAUUAAGGCUGGGCUCUGGAGGCGCCCCAACAGAAGAGGACGGGCAGACUCUUGCAAGUUUCCAGAAGGAGAAAAGCAAAGAAAUCCAGGCUUUGCAAGAGGAAUGGUACUACCAAAAGACAGAAUUGCAAGCUCAAGUCACAGAGCUGAAGCAGACUUUAGAACAGCAAGCAAACACUUUCAGAGAUGCCCUCAAAGAACAGGAUCUACAGUGCAGUAAAGAGAAAGAAAAGCUUUUGCAAGAUCUGCAGGAUACUGUUAAGCAAAGCCAAGAUAUGAAAGCACAGCUGGAGGCAUCUCACCAGAGAGCCAUAAAACUCCUGGAGAAAAGCAAAAAUCAAGAGCUGAAGGAGGCAGCGGAGUGCUGGAAGAAGGAAUACAAUGACAGGUUCAAGGUCCAGCAAGAGUCACACAGUUUAGAAAUGCAGGCCUUGGAACAGAAGGCAAGAAAGGAGUUACACAGUGAACUUGAAAGGAUACAGAAGCAACAGUCUUCGUUGAUUGAAUCUCUGCGAAUGGAGCUGUCUGUCUGUAUGACCCACCAUAAAGAAAAAGAGGAACUUAAGGUAGAAUUGAAGAACUUGAAGGCUAUAAAGAAGCAACAGGAAGGAAGUUACCAAAAUCAAAUAAAAUCUCUUAAAGAGGAACUGAAGGAAUAUCAGAGUGAAAUUUCUGGGCUCAAGCAGGAAAAUUCACUUCUGAAGGACAUGAUGAAUCUGCUGAGUGUGGAUGUGGAGCUACAGAAGGAGACAUCUGCACAGCUUCAGGAGAGGGAAAACCAACAGAAAAGGUCAUUGGAAGAAGACCUUAAAGAUAAACAUAAACAGGAACUGGACACUUUGAAACAAGAUCAUCGCAAGGAGAUUCAAGCUGUGAUGUCUGAUUUCAGCAGCUCCCAAGCCCUUCUUCAUGCAAAGAUUGCUUCCCUGGAAAAUGAACUUAAAGAAUUAGAAGAGAAGCCAAGAAAGAGGGAACCUAGGUUAGAAGACUUACAUCUUAUAGGCUGCCUGCAAGAUAAAUUAAAUGAAAAAGAAGCGAUGAUCAAAGAAUUAACGGAAGGAAGAAAACUUCAGCAUUCACUUAUACCCACUACGGAGUCCCGUCACAACCGGUCCUUUUCUUUUAAUACAAAUCCUACUACUUGUUUGACUCCUUUUGCAAAGCAGAAGAAGAAAAUGGAUGAAGCGCCAAGUCGUAUUGUCAGUGUUCCCAAUUUAGCCUCCUAUGCAAAAAGCUUUCUGAGCGGUGACUUGAGGCCCAAGAGAAAUCAACCUCAGAUCACAAAAUCUGCAAGUUUAGAUCAGAAUCCUGGCUGUGUCAGAGUAUGCUAUCCACCAGCACAAGUUUUGGAGACCAAAACAGCCUCAAGGCUUCAAAGCAAUGAAACAUCCAAACCCAAAGACACGCCAAAGUCGGGCCCUCAACAUCAAGAGUGGUUUACCAAAUAUUUCUCAUUCUGAAGUAAACCAUUUCCAUCAUGUCCAACAUCA